AUGCUAAGCGCAUUAAUUCAAAAUGGAAUGUCAAAGUCUGGCGAUCCAACAGAUGUGGAAAACAAUACUACAAACGGAUCGUCAAGUACCACGGACAAUGCCAAUGAUGUCGGAAGAGGUGUUAACACUGAAAAUAACUCCAAAUUGGAAAAUGACAGCUCGAAUGCAGCGACGAUAACUACAUCGAAACAGGACCCAUCUGCUGUAGAUGAAGCAACGACUCCGAGGUCGAUCAAUACAGGAGCUUCUACAGUACCUGAGCCUGAUAAUACAAGAAGAGAUUCUGUUAGCAGCAAUGUGUCAACGGCGACAACAGAAUCGAGAAGAAGAUCUAAGGUGAGCAGAGCUUGUGACCAAUGUCGAAAGAAGAAAAUUAAAUGUGACUUUAUUGAGGGGCACGAUAUAAACCCAGAUCAGAGCUGCACUGGUUGUCGCAAAAUUGGUGAAAAAUGCAGUUUCGAAAGAAUUCCGCUGAAAAGAGGACCGUCCAAAGGGUAUACUAGAUCAAAUAGCCAAAGCAGAGAAAGACGAGGCUCUCAGCGACGCAGAUCUUCUUCUGAAGUCUCUCAGAAGGGCAAGAAACCUUCUGUUAGUAAUCCUGUGAAUGCAGUUAACGAAUCAAAAUCAGAAGUGGAUGCUUCCUUACACCCAGGUCAAUCUGCUACAUCGACGACGAACGUAUCAUUACAUCCAUUGUUACAGUACUUACCAGGAAUGAACCAUUCUGCAGUGUCUGCUUCAUCUCCUUCAGCUUUGCAACAACCUUUUUGGAAAGUUCCUUAUCACGAGUACCAGAACCAGCGAAGGCCAUCGCUUGAUUCAUUGGCUAGUGAUUCUUCACAAAAACCCGGUGGUAAAACAAAUCAACAACAGCCACUUCCGUCGCAAUCACAACCACAGUCGUUACAAAAUAUCGGUAACUCAAGGUCAAACACUGGGCCAUUACCUACGCAGGACACUUUCCGCAACCAGAGGUACUACUAUCAACCGUCACAAGAUUCGGUGUCCGAAGCAGGCUCAGAUAACAGAAGAGGAUCAUCUGCCAUCCCACCACUCCUUAACCCGGCCAUUCAGCUUCAACAGCAGCAGUAUUCUUACUCACAAUUUGCCAUAGCGCAGCAGCAGCAGCAGCAGCAACAACAACAACAACAACAACAAUUGCAAUUACAACAACAUCUACAACAACAACAUCAGUUACAACAACAGCAAUCCCUUCAUUCGCCCCAAGCCAACACUAUGAAUGCUAGUACAGGUAUAUCGAAUGGAGGAUUUGUGCCAUAUUCAGGGAAUAAGGGACUUCCUUCAGGUGGUCACGUUCUAGAGAGAACGGAUAGUGUUGCUAGUGAUGCAAUGUCGUUAAAUGCCUCCCCGAAUAUUUACACUGCAGAGGUAGAAUCGGCUCCAGCGUCACCUGUUCAAAAGAAGAGAAAGAGAUCAAAUAGAUCAAGUACAUCAAAAAAAGGGAAAUCUACCCAACAGAACCUGCCUGCUACUACUCCUACUUUGAUUAACUACGGUCAGAUCGCUGAUGCCCAAUUAAUUGACACAUACUAUGCAUAUAUCCAUUUGAGGUUCCCUAUUAUUCCUAUCAAUAAAGACACUUUAACUAAUGAUCUAUUACUCGUCAAUACCCAACCAAUUUCCGAAUUACAUGAAUUAAACAACUACAUCUUACUUUGGUUCAGAAAUUCAUUGGAACUACUUAUUCGCAUCUGUUUAAAAGACAAAGAAUCAGAAGAAAUAUUGUAUCAACAAUCAACGUUUGUCAGUGCUAUCAAUGAAUGUUUCCAGAAAAUUGUGGAUAUUCAUCCAAGGUUUAGAGACUUGGAAACCCAAAUUGAUGAGAAAAUUGCUACGAUAUAUCUUGUUACAUUCAUUAUCCUCAAUUGUACUUUGGCUUUAGUCAGCUAUAACAACUCUUUCGUCCUUGGAAUGUCGGUAAUUAUUUUCAAUGAAUUAAAGCUCUGGAAAAAUUUUAUCUUCGGCAAUUGGAAUACUGUUACUGGUCACGAUAAGAUCUGUUUGCGAUUGUAUUUUGAAUUGAAUACAUUUGACUCUUUACAAUCUUGUUCUUUCGGUGUGCCCAAAUUAAUGAAUUUGAAGCUUGACGAAACGACUGCAUCAAAGCUAUUUUAUGACGAAGUAUCAAAUGAUGGUACCGGCCAGGAAACGGAUAAAUGGAACGUUGACGAGGAUCCAGAAAGAAUUCGAAUUAUAGUUGAUAAUAUGGAGUUAGGCUAUUUCCUAUCAAGACUAUGCCAAGCCAGAAGAUCGUCUUUCGAGAAACCUCUACCUCUUGUCGGUGAACAUAACGAAAAUAAAACUAUACCAGGCCUAUUCCGUGCAUUCCUUUCAAUUAAAAGACAAUUCACUGACACUUUACUUGACUUACCAGAUGCUGAGGGGAAGCUACCAGAAAUGACACCAGAGCUUGUCACGAGACUAAGCAAUAUGAUUUGUGAUUUGACCACAACCAUUCAUGACUUACUAAAACUAAAUGUCGAGGUCAACCCCACUAAUUGUUUAGAGUUGUUCCCCGACAAUUCUAUGCAAACGGUAGACGAAUCUUCGGCACACAAUUCAGCAGCACAAUCAUCAGAUCCGUCGAAUAUUGAAGUUGGGACCGUAUCACCCUACGUUAUCGCAAUAUACAAAGAUCUAUUUAACGUUGUUGAAUUGAUUAAGAACAUGCCAACCUCGUUAAUUGGAUGCGUUAUGGGUACACAGGCUCCAAACUUCGAUUCACAGCCACUAGUACUACAACUAUCUCAAUGCAUGAACAACAUGCUACAGAUAACAACCUUUACUAGCAGUUUGAGCCCUUUCAAGAUAUUUAAACAUGAACUGAAUGCUCAAUCCAAAAACAAAACCAUAGAUGCAGUACCAUUGUGGAAACAGAAAAUGAAAAGUUCUUUAGCACCUCUCCAAACGGCAAUAACACCACAAGAAAUAAUGAUGGCCCAGUUCAUAGACAUUGCAUGGUGCAUUGCAGACACUGAAGAACUAGGAUGGUUUAAUCAGUAA